CCUUUUCUCUAUAAUUUCAGCUUCAAAGUGACGAUUUGAUCAUUGGGAAAGACGUUGUACGUAAAGUUUUGGAAGAUGUGGGAAAAACGAUUCAGGAACAAAUAAGAAAUGAGAUGGAUGAGUACAAACAGGAGACUGAAAAAAGAAAAUUAGAGCUGAUUGACAUAAUUAACUUAAAAGUAAAAGAUAUUGAAAAUGUUUCACUUGCCCAGCUGAAUGAUGCGAUAAACUCGUCCAUUGAUGCUUUUGAUGCUAAGGUAAAACAAUCGAUUCAGGAGAUAGACAACUUGGCAAGAAAAGGAAAAGAAACCCUUGAAAGUGUUGUCAAUGAUGGAGUUCAAACUGUCAACAAAGAAAAAGAAAAUGCAAUAAUGGAUAUACAAAAAGCUGCAGAAAAAUCCAGAGGUAACGAUGCCGAGAUCUCCGAGGAAACAUAUCAAAAGAAGAAAAAAGGUAAAAAAAAGCAAUCAUAACUUUAUCACCAUUAUUAAUAAUAUCACAAGCUCAACAUUAACAUAAAUGCUAAAAAUCAUGCUUAUCGUUCUUAGAAGAAACAUCAUAAAGGUAAAAACAUUUUGAAGAACACGCUUCGUAUUUCAUUAUGAGUAUAAGGUCUUGUAUAUAUUUUAUGCACAUGAAAAUAUUUAAAAAAACGAUAGCUGUAAUAUAUAUUUAAUAUAUAAUUAAAUAUAUGAAAUACAAAACCCAUUGAA